AUGAGUUUACAUUACGCGUAUUCUGCAAGUAAUCGUGAAAAUAUACCAAAUGGACCAAUUUCACCAUCUUUUUCAUCCGCAAUACAUUUUUUACGUACAUAUAAUAGUUUGUUAAUACCAUCGACAACAGUGCGUAGCACAAAACCAGCAAAAAAACGAAAUUUAAAUGAACGAUUGUUACAAAUUGAAAAUUCAACCAGAAUAUCAAGUACAACGAAUUUGUCGUCACCGUCAGCACCAGACUCAACAAAUGAUGCCACACCUAACACUAAUUUGAGUACACAAAGUAAUAAUAACUAUGCAAAUUAUGGGAUUACUCCGUCGCCAUUUAUAACAGCACAAAAUUUCAUAGGAUAUCCACCAAUCUCAAAAAUUUAUCAUCAAAUGGAGAAUAAGAAAUCGAGUAUAUUACCGCGUUCACUAUCAGUAAGUAGUUUAAAUUUUGGAAAUCAACUAUCAAGACGGCAACGUGGUGAGAAAAAACCAAUACCAGAUGAACAAAAAGAUGAUAAAUAUUUUGAAAGAAGAAAGCGAAACAAUCAAGCUGCUAAAAAGUCACGAGAUGCCCGUAAAAUACGCGAAGAUCAAAUAGCAUUAAGAGCAUCAAUGUUGGAGCAUGAAAAUGCAAUACUACGAGCACAAAUAUUGACAUUAAGAGAAGAAGCAACAUCUUUAAGACAAAUGUUAUUUUUUAAGAAAUCUACAGAAUCAAGUCAACUUACUCCAGACAUUCAAAUUUGUUCACCAACUUAA